GGGUAGUAAAAACUGUUAAAACAUAUUUCUGAGUGAAGCUCAUUUUACUAUAGUGCUUACUGCUUUGUGUUUAGGUAUAUAGAUUUUGUUUAAUAUUGAUAUUUUUUUUAAAAAAAGAAUUAUUCUUUUUCAAAAUUUGUAUAUAUUAAACAUUUUUUCUUUAUACUCAAAUAAAUAAAUAUUUAUCAACGAACAUAGAAAUGAUGGAAAUGUCGCACACUAAAGUUUAUCGUGGUAAUAGAUUCUCUAAAUUAAUAUACCUCAACACAAAAGUGUAAGUUACUAUACUUAUGAGUGUCUGCAGACGUGUAACUUGAAAUAAACUAACAUUGGCGUAACUAAAAUUAACAAAUUAUUUGAGGGACUGAUGGAGUAUAGUUUCACAAAUAAGAAAAACUCUCAGGGUGGCUAUUGCAAGAGAAAGCAUUAAACAAUUUCUUUUCACCGUUUAUCGGCAAUAAUUAUAUUAUUAGAAUUAUAUAAAUUAUAUGAUUAUUGUGGGCUUUUGGUUACAAAACUCAAUUGUUAUUCGAAUUAUUGCCCAUUGGUAUAAACUAUAAUAUCAUUAUAGUUUACCAAUUCAGCGUGAUAUAAAAAAUAUACAAAUCCGAGAAUAAAUAUUUCGAAAUCGUUUAAUAGUUUGUUCCUUCCUGUUUUAGAGGGUUUAUUCAUAUUUUCAAACCACUAAACCAUUUGGGUUUACUUCAGUUUCGCGACUUUAGGGGUAUUUGAAGUGUUUUUACAGAGUGAGGGGAGUUUACCCACUUUGACACUUUCACUCCUCCAUAACUUUGAGCCUUAACUAUCAAGUUUAAUUCACCACGCAAUUUAUUGAAAAUUAAAGAAGUGGAUCAUUACUUCUUCAUACUAAAAUCACAUUGUCGUGUGAAAUGAAAAUAACAAUUUUAGACUCUUUAUGUAUUACAUGCUUGUGUGCUUUUUAUCUAAUGAAAAAUAUUUAUUUACUAAAUUACUUAAUGUCUAAGGUUUAAAUUCAUUUGUACAAGGAUGUUAAAUUUGUUUGUUUGGUUAUGUUUCAUAUCAAUGUUGAGAAUUUCAAUAAGUUGUAAAGUUUAAAUUCAACUGCACGAGGAUGUUAAAUUUGUUUGUAUGGUUAUGUUUCAUAUCAAUAUUGGGAAUUUCAAUAAGUUGUAAAACUGCCAAUGAAGACUUUGUGAUUUAUCACGGAGAUGGUCCUCAAUCAAAUAGCAUAUAUUAUGACAAGUGUGCGCCCACAGUGACCUGCAAUCGAAAUGCUAUUUAUAGGACAGCAAAUGGCUCAUGUAAUAACCUAAAGAACCCGUUGUGGGGGUCGUCUGAAACUCCAUACAUCAGACUUUCUGAAGCUGCUUAUAAUGAUGGUGAUCAUGAAGUUCGGAAACAGCUUGAUGGAUCGCUGUUGCCCAUACCUCGAAAAGUACAGUUGUUAUUAUUUUUGGAAAAAUCCCAGGAUUUCCCAGACUUAAACAAUUAUCAUCUAAGUCAAUUUGGUCAAUGGGCCACUCAUGACAUCACUCUCCUACCACCAGAUUCUUCAGGGCCAGAGAGGUGUUGUUCCACCCCGAUUAAUGAGAUCAACAGUAAUAGCCCAUACCAAUGUCAAUUAGCUAUUGAGGUACCAACUAAUGAUCCAGUUCAUGGUAGUCAUGGACAGACAUGUAUGGAAUUUAGACGUGCAAUGACUGCUGCUCAUAAUUUCAACUGUUCAAUAACUCCUCAAAUUCCAAUGAAUCAGGCGACAUCAUUCUUUGACUCAUCACAGUUGUACGGACACAAAUUAGUCAAGGCAAAUUCAAUUAGAUCUUUUAAUGGCGGGAGAUUGAUAACUGAGGUCAUAAAUGAAAACGAGUAUUGUCCUCUAAAGAAAAGAAACGGUUCAUUAUUAUGCAACGGAAGGGAAAACGUGGGCGUAUGUUUUGAAGCUGGAGAUCCAAGAAUAAAUCAACACUUUGGGAUCACAUCAUAUAGUAUUAUGUUUACUCGGUUUCAUAAUGUUGUGGCUGACAUGUUGCAUCAAUUAAAUCCUCAAUGGUCUGACGAAGUGUUGUAUCAAGAAACUCGAAAGUUCGUCGGUGCACUAAAUCAGAUAAUUGUUUAUCGGGAUUACUUGCCUAUUUUACUUGGUGAAUCAUUUACAAAUCGCGUCGGUUUGGAUCUAAGUAAUAACAUAAGGACAAAAUACAAUCCGUUACUCAUGCCACAAUUGUCUAUAGAAUUUUCAGGUGGUGCUUUCCGAGUGCCACAUAACACAGUGGCUUCGCUUUACAAUUACGUAGACAAAAAUUAUGAGACAGUCGAUUCAGUCAAACUUAACGAAUGGAUGUCGAUAUCUGAUCCCUUAGUAGAGGGUUCAAAUCUUGAUGAAAUAGUCAGAGGCAUGACUGCAUCAGCAGGCCGUUUAUAUACCCCAUCUUAUAACUAUCUAUUAUCAAAUUUCAUGUUCCAUAAUCAUAUAACUGGUGAUCAAGAUUUGCUUGCAGUGGACAUUCAGAGAGGGCGUGAUGUAGGCGUGCCGCAUUAUAUUAAGAUGAGAGAAUGGUGUGGUUUACCAGAAAUCUGUUCAUUUGAAGGAUUAUUAAAUUUUUUACCAUAUGACGAUGUUGAAACACUGAAAGAACUGUACGCAACUGUUUAUGACAUUGAUCUACUCGUGGGAGCUUUACUCGAACCACCAGUCGAUGGUGGAACGGUGGGUCCAACUGCUCAAUGCAUCUUAGCUGAUGUAUUUUACCGUAUUCGAUUCAGUGAUCGUUUCUUUUUUGAUGUGAAAGGUCAACCGGGAAGCUAUUCUCCAGCUCAAUUGAGAACUUUGAGAAACAUCGAUCUUGGUCACGUAAUAUGUGCCACAACUGAAUUGGAUGAAGUACCAAUUAAUAUUUUUCAGCCAUCAAGAUAUUCACAAAUGGUGAAAUGCCAAGAGCAUUUAUUAAACUUGGAUCUCAAUGCUUGGAGAGAAUUUCCAUAGUUUUAUAGAUAUAUUAUGUGAAACGUUAAUUGCAUAGCAACGAGCUAUAAUUUUAAAUUAUAAAUAAAUAAAAUAAAUACUAACAAUCAAAAUAUUUCAAGUACCUGUCCUGCAAGCCCGGAUUAAUACGGUACCUUUAGACUCUAGAGGCUUUGGGGGGUUAGGCCCCAUGAACGUAUAAAAUAUGGUCUU